AUGCCCCGAGGCGGCGCCCCGCUGCUCUCCUGCCUGCUCCUCGCCUCCGCCCUAGCGGCCGCCCUCGGGUCCCCGGUGAAGGAAAAGAGGGGCUGGACCCUGAACAGCGCUGGCUACCUUCUUGGCCCACAUGCCGUUGACAACCACAGGUCCCUCCAGGACAAGCACGGCCUCGCUGGCAAGCGGGGACUCCAGCCCGAAGACGACGCGAGGGCAGGGGGCUCAGACAGGCCUUUGCCCGAGAACGUUGCACGCAGGGUGAUGGAGUUGCUGACUUCCUUGCAUCUCAAAGAGGCCGGGCCCCGGGUGCCCCUGCUCCUGCCGGCCGUUCCCUGGGAAGACGCAGAGCAGUGA